UAUUACAGUCAAGUGUAGGUAAUAAUUUUAUAUUUUUUUAUUCAUGUACGUAUUAUAAUUAGAAGAUACUAUAAGCGUAUAAUAAAAUUCAACUAUGUUUUAAGAUAAUUGUUAUUAUUACCGUUUUACAUGAUGGACAACUUGAGGAGAGCUGUGUUGCAAAACUUUAAAAAGCUGCAUCGCACACGUUUGAAGGUGUUUGAGGGAGAUAAUCGUGCUCUUAAUGCCGCAAGACUUAAAAUAAAUGAAGAGUACAAAAAGAAUAAGGCUGUGCAGGAUAGUGAUGCUAUACAAGCGAUGAUUAAAUACGGAGAAGAUGUAGAAAGAGAGCUCAGAACACAAGUGAUACAAGCUCGAGAAGUAAAACCAGGAGUUUUUGAGGCAAGAAUCACUGAAGAAACGGUCAAGUUAGACAAUGUUCCUUUUGAUGAAAAUGCAGAUAUACCAAAGAGACCUAGAAGAAAUCAACCUUGUUGUCAAGAUCAAGCUUCCAAAAAGCAAUGAGUUUUAUUUUAAAUGUAGAUUAGGAUUAUUUAUGAAUUAAAAAUAAAUGAUAAUGAUAAUACUAGAUUAGGAUUGCAA